UCCCCUUGUUUAUAGUUGAUCUCAUUGUUGGCGUGUUCGUGUGAUAUACAAUCGUUGGAAGCAAAUUUCACAAUACAUUUUAACCAACGAUAUGAAGUUCUUGUCAUGUAUAACAUCAAUCAAUAAUGAUGAUGAGAAUGAAGAAAGUAUUGUCAAUGAUCGUAAAAAAUCUAAAUCAUGGUAUGAGCCAUUGAGACAAUUAUUCAAAUCAUCAAACAAAAAGAAUCGUGUUAUCAUUUCUGAUCCAACGCCAUUGUCAAAAGAGAAAGUACCCGAAGUUACUGGUGUUGUUCAAGUUGGACCCGAAGAAUUAGGUGAAACUGUCGAAAAAUCACUGAAUAAUAAUAAUAAUAAUGAUAAUAAUAACGGUGAAGAGAUAUCGGUGAAGGAUUUGAUUGUUCCAGAUAAAGUGAAUGCCGAGACUAACACUGAACAACACGAAUCAAACCAACAAAAUGAACAGCAACAACCAAAUGAUCAAUUAAUUGAAUCAAAAGAGAAUGAAAUUUCAGAAAUAAUUGAAGAUAAUGAAAUCUUCAAUUAUGGUUGGUAUUGGGGUGAUAUAACACGACGAGAUGCCGAAAAUUUGCUUAGAGGACAAGAAGAGGGAACAUUUUUGGUGAGAAAAAGUUCCAAUCAACGAUUUCUUUAUUCAUUAAGCUUUCGUUCGAAUGGAAAAACUCUUCAUACACGUAUCGAAUAUUCAAAUGGUUUAUUUGCAUUCUAUUCAAAUGAUUCAAAAGAAAGUAAAGAGCUAAUCGAUGGUAAUUCGUCAUUAUAUGAUCUGAUAUCGGAUGCAAUGAAUCAAAAUAAUGCCGAAAAUAUAUUUUUCUAUUCACGCGGUUUACAUAAUAACGAAGCGUCUCUUCAUACCAUAACAUUGGUUCGACCAUUAUCACGAUUUCAAUAUGUUAUCAAUUAUAAUUAUCUUGAUGAUGAUCGACAUCGUUCAUUACAAUAUUUAUGUAAAUUUAUCAUACAUCAUUCAUCAAUUGCUCAAACUCAACUUAUCAUAAAACAAAAUUCUCUACCCGAAGAAUUACAAACAUUUUUAAAUAAUGGUCUCCUUUUUCCGUAUGUCGUACAGAGAAAAAAUCAAAAAUGA